AUGUACAGUACAGCAGCUCUGGAAGAGCAGUUCAGUGGACUCGGCCCUCAAGAACAAUACCUCCAAGCAAGUGCUGGCGUGUCACCCCGUGUCCGCUUCUCUGACCUCAUGACUACCCCUGACUUGCGUAUUGGGCAUACCUAUCUGCCAAGAACCUAUAUGAAAGAGCCAACCUUGGAAGGAACAUCCAGCAAGCUCCCAGCAAGACCUUCAACGGGGAUGAAGCGGCCGCAGAAGCCUAGUCGCUGUGAGACUGUUGAAAGAAGCCACAUCUCUGCUGCCCUGGCCCUCGAUCAGCGCACACCCCCCGGGUACGAGUGCUCGACCGGAACCCACCUGGAGCUGGUCACCGCUGUGCAGAGACUCACGGCCGAAACCACACUGGCGCUGCCAGUCCUCACCGCCCGCGAAGUGUUUGGUGUUGAUCCACGGGCGCUUACACCACCAACGCUCUUCAGCGCUGGGCAGGAGGUUGACCUCCUGACAUCACUGCGGGACGAGUAUAGGGCAUUGUAUUAUACAUUUCAGCACACGUUGCGUAGGAAGAGGUGCAGGACGCCUGAAGGAGCCAGUACGGCUGUGCAGCAGUGGUGUCGCUUGUCGGCCGAGAUCGAGUUUAUGACGAACGUCAUUGUGUUCAGCGGGCCAAGGGAUGUUCAGUAG